AUGGAUGUUGAUAGUGACAGGCGCGAUGAAUGGGCAAAAUUGUUAGAAUCGGGUGAUGCUGUCUCCCUAAUUACUGUGUUCCGCGAGACUUCUAGUUGCUCCGUAUCAUGUGAAAAUACCUUACUGUCCAUAUCGGAGUUCCUGGAAUCGUGUCUCUUUCAGUCUGCGCUUAAAGUUGAUAUGCACUCACUUUUUUCAGCUACCGAGUCACCCACGGAAGUAACCAUGGAAAAGACGGAAGAGGGUACUUUGGACUCACGAGAGGUUUUAACUGAGUUGCUUUCCAUCGGAUCAAUAAAAAAGGGACGUGCUCUUGUUGCCUAUCUGCGUGUUACCCGUGCAACCCUUCGCCAGUUAUUUUUAGAUACACUGAGGAGGAGGAGGAGAAGUUGUGGUUCCAUAAGUGAGCAGCUGCGCAUGACGCGAACUGUUUUAGGUGCAUGGUUCCCUGAAGUAGAGAAGAAUGUCUGCUAUUGUGCCGCAUCGUUAACGCUGAGGGAUGCCACACCAGAACUGGUACGUACAACUAACACAUUAGAUGGCCGGAAGGAAGGGAAGGACAUUGCUAACAGUGACGAGAGUACAGAGGAGGACGAUCAUUCAGAAUGCUGCGUAUCUGAUUAUCGGUUUGAAGCCUUAGAGGCACUAUCGCAUCUUGUAUUGGAUAUUGUUUACCUCGUUGGAGACACGCGCAAGACAGUGCCUCUGCUAUUGCUUCUGAGAGCAACGGUGGAGGCUGCACAACCAUACACUGAGAACAGUACUUUUCUUCACAGGUCAGUUAGUAACUUAAAGGAUUGGUCCUUCAAAGUGUGCCCCGCAACAGGGUCAAAAAGCCGUGAUGUCCCGAUAACUUCAGGGGCGGAGGGAGUCGCAGCACCAGUGGAUUUAGCUGAUGUCAAGGCAAUACGGGAGGCUAUCACUCAGGCGUUAUUGCAAUUAAUUCCCGAGGGUGAAUUAGUGACAUUUCUCUCGGAACAUGUGGGAGAUAUGUUUCAUGGCGAUUUGAUGGAAAGUUUGUCCUAUGACGACAGUGAACGUGGUUUAGAUCCCCGUAGUAACAGGUUAGUGGCCACAGUUCAUGAUCUUAAGCGUGAGAGGGAAUCCAUAUAUAUUUUGUCGGAUGAGGAUGACGAGGGUGAGCCAACAUUUAAUGGAGAGGGCGUUGCCCCUGUUAACUCUUAUGUGUCCUUGCAAAGGGUUGGCGCCAUGUUUUUACUGUGUGAUUUGAUGGCUACUGGUGACUCGUGUUCGUGUUUGUUGUUCUCCAACUCACCACAGACACUCUUGUUUCUUGCUGGACCCAUGAUUUUGGAGGCGAUGAAGAACUCUUCGCUUACGGUGGUAAUGACAGGGUUGACAUUUUUGUCCAUUAUAUUAACCUUCGUUACCCCGUACAGUAUGCGUAUAUCUGGAGAGGAUACGGCUGCGCCCCCUUCGGUUGCCGACACCGCAAACAAAGACGAGAUGGAAGGUUCGUUGAAGUUUUCCACAAGAAAGUUUGGUCUCGUAUUUGAGCUCCUAAAGUCUCUUAUUAGCCUUUCGACAACGUGUCCAAGUGAAGGACCCCGUGUCAUGGCCCGCGCUGUUUUUACUUUAAUGAUUCAGAGAUGUUCCUUUGAUCUUCGUUUGCGGACGUAUUCCUCUUUUUUGGUUUUGACGCCUUUUGCUUCGGUUUGUUCGUUGGUUCUUCACGCCCUGCGGAAUGAGUGGAGUAGUGGUGAUUGGCGAGCGGAUCAGUCUAGUGGUACCAACUUUCUCCGGGAUAAACUUCCAUACUUUCUGCUGCAAGCUCAGCAAAGUUGGUUGAGGAGACUUCAAGUUUCCGAGGCAUCUUUUGUCGACCCCAUGGUUCAGUCCGUUAAUUUUGUUCGCUGCGUCAUUGCCGAAGACUUCCGUCAGAGUUCAAAUUAUGCACUGUUUCGCCACAGCGGUAGUGAAGGUAAGAUUCGAAUCCCUGAGGCGGCUGCUUCAGUUGAACGAUGCAGUUCCUGGGAGCAAUACCUCAGUUAUUUUUUUAAAAAUGUGGCAUCGCACUUGCGAAAGUUGGCGGCGGACACUUUUGAUGACUCAACACCUCGGAUGGGAGUUGUUCAGCUGUGCUCAUUGUCGCCGUUAGACCGUUUUUCUCUUAAUAUCGCGUUGGAUGGUGUGGAGGAACGAGUUGAAGUAUUUGUACCUGAGAGAUCUGGGGGCUAG